CGACUGCAUAAAUAUCUGCUUCCUCCUAUUGUAAACCGUCACUUUCAUACUUGCUUGAAUAUCCAACCAUGGCCGAUACCGAAGCGCUAAAGGACCCCGUCGCUGAACAACCCGCAGAGGGCGACGGUGCUCCCAAAGAGCCUUCUAAGAACGAGUUGAAGAAACGUGCAAAGGAGGCCGAGAAGGCGAAGAAAGCUGCUGAGAAGGCUGCCAAGCAAGCAGAGCUCGCAAAGCAGAAAGCAGAAGCUGAUGCAGAGGCAAGCGACUGCUCAGUCGGACUCUACGGCAAACUUCCUCUGAAUCAAUCGCAAACCCGACCAAAUAUCAAACGUGUCCAGAUCACCUCCCUCUCCCCUAAUCUCGAUGGUCAGACCGUCGUUCUUCGGGCUCGCAUCCAUACUCUUCGCGCACAAGGAAACAAGAUGGUCUUCUUGAAUCUGCGUCAGCGUAUUGAGUCCGUCCAAGCAUUGAUCACCGUCACGGAAGGCAAGGUGUCAAAACAGAUGGUCAAAUGGGCCGGUAGCUUGGGCAGCGAGAGCAUUGUGCUGGUGGAAGGUGUGGUUAAGACUGCGCCUGAGAUUAUCAAGAGCGCUACUGUCGGGAACGUUGAGGUCCACGUUAGCAAGAUUCACCUGAUCGCUGCGGUCGAGGGUCGACUACCGUUCUCGAUAGACGAUGCUCAACGUCCAGAGACUGAGGUCCAGGAGGCGGACGCUCAGUUCAGCCGCGUGCUCCUCGACACUCGUCUGAACAACAGGAUUAUUGACCUGCGAACACAAACCAAUCAGGCUGUAUUCAAGCUUCAAGCAGCCAUUGGCGCCCUGUUCCGCGAAUUCCUGGAGUCAAAAGGCUUUACGGAGAUCCAUAGUCCAAAACUGCAGGGCGCGGCAACUGAGUCUGGAGCAUCCGUCUUCAAAGUCAGUUACUUCAAAGGCAAUGCUUUCUUGGCCCAGUCACCUCAGCUCGCAAAGCAGAUGGCCAUCGCGGCUGAUUUCGAGCGCGUUUACGAGAUCGGGCCCGUCUUCCGUGCUGAGGAUUCAAACACGCACCGACAUCUCACGGAGUUCAUCGGAUUGGAUUUGGAGAUGACGAUCGAGGAGCAUUAUCACGAAGUCAUGGAAAUGCUCGACAGCCUCUUUAAGCAUAUGUUCAAAGGACUCACGGAAACGUACAAGCGUGAGAUCGACGCUGUCGGACGUCAGUUCCCCGCGGAGCCCUUUACAUGGAAAGAGGAGACCUUGAAGUUGACGUUCGCUCAGGCUGUCGACCUUUUGGUCGAGGAUGGUGUUGACAGGGCCGUUCUGGACGACAUCAACACCGAGAACGAGAAGAGGUUGGGCCGGCUCGUGAAGGCCAAGUACGAAACCGACUACUUCAUCAUCGACAAAUUCCCUAUGGAGCUCCGUCCGUUCUACACCAUGCCUGACCCUGAGAACCCAAAACUGUCGAACUCGUACGAUUUCUUCAUGCGUGGCGAAGAAAUCCUGUCCGGAGCGCAGCGUGUUCACGACCCGAAUCUCCUCGCAGAACAGAUGCGUGGAAAGGGCGUCGACCCCGCUUCCAUGCAAGGCUACAUCGACGCGUUCAGGAUGGGAUGUGCGCCACACGGUGGUGGAGGCAUCGGUCUCGAGCGUGUUCUGAUGUUGUUCCUCAAGCUCAACAACAUCCGUAGAGCUUCUCUCUUCCCAAGAGACCCAAAACGGUUGGAGCCUUGAUUCUGGUCAGAGUCGCUGUAUAAUUGGUUCGGUGAAUAGGUGGGCAGAGAGUGUAAACCGAGUACGAAUAACAACGAAGAUGUACAUUCAAUAUACUGUAUGUACCUGUCGGUAACUCGAUUCCUUCAUGAACAGUCGGACACCAGUGAG